AUGAAUGAGGCAAAAGAUGGUCCCAGCACAAAUGAAGAAUUGGAUGAGACAGGACCUCAGGAAGUUCCUGACCAAAAUGUCAAUGAAAGUGAGGAAACCAAAGUUUCGGAAACUAAUGCUACAGAUGAAACAGAACUUCCCAAAACUGAAGAAAGUCAAAGUGAGGAACCACCAGCCUCUGUUCAAGAACAAUCUCCAGUCCAAACUGAGACAACAGAAGCUAAGGAUGCAGAUGCUUCUGAUGCAGCUGCAACCACUGGUGAUGAGUUUGUAAAAGAUGAUGAUGACAAAACCGAAGCUACAGAAGAAUCCAAAGCAGACGAGAGUCAAAAUGUGACAUCAGAAAAAACAGAUGAGGAUGAUAAACAAUCUGAAAAAGAAACUGUGAAUUCUGAUGAUGUUGUUGUUGAAAGUUCGGAAAUGAAAGAGGAAGAUGCUAUUACAUCAGAUAUACACAAAGUUAAAAAGAAAAAAGAAAUAUCAAUCAAAUGGCAGGAGGAAGUUGAAAUUACUGAUGAAGAUGUUUUAUCAGAAGAAGCCAAGAGCAAAGAAGAAAGUGAAGGUGACCAAGAAACCAAGAAUAUACAAAUGGAAAAUGUUGAUAUUGAAAGUAGAUUUCCUGAGCAGAUUUUGCCAGGAAUAAAGGAAGCUGAUGAAAGUGACACUUCGAAGGAGGAACCUAGAGAAGUUUUACGUCCAGACAGCCCAAGUGAGCAGCAAGAAGAAGAAAUGGAAGGAAAGUUAGAAAGUGAAGAUGCUCUUUCUACAGACACUACUCAUGACCGAGCCAAACUCAUUGAACAAUAUCAGCAAUGCAUUUCAAUCCGUGACCAACUGCAACAGCAGAAUGCACAAAUUCAGCAAAAGUUGGCUGAAUUCUUCAAGAAAAAGAAACCCGAUGAUAACCGUGCUGAUAAGGAAGCAAAAAACCUAUCCGAUCUUGAGCAACGUUACCUGAAGCUGAUGGCUGAAAUUGAAGACUUGCAAGAGAAGCAGGAAAUGGAGACCAAUGCCCAAAUUCAGCGAACGGAAGAACUGGAAGAGCAAUGUGCAGAGAAGAAAGAACACGUGAAUGCUGACCAACGAAAACUGCAAGAGAUGAAGAGGCAAGUGGCUCAACAUGCCAUAAACAGUCGGACAGGAAAACCAAUGCCGGAGAAGGACAUUGAUCAAUAUUUGGCAAAUGAAGCAAAAAAAGAUGCAGAAUUGGAGAAUGUUCGCCUGGAAAACAUAAAACUCAAAAACAAAUUGAAGAAAAAGGAACUGCAACUGAAAUCUAAGGAAGAACUUGCUGAAGGUCUUCACCUGAUUGAUUUUGAGCAGCUGAAAAUAGAAAAUCAAACUUACAAUGAAAAAAUUGAGGAACGCAAUGAGGAAUUGCAAAAAUUGCGCAAGAAAAUCAAGAGCACUGUGGAAGUACAGACACAUAUGAAAGAGAAGUUGCAGUUCAUUGAAGUGGAAAAUGAAGUGCUGUAUAAGGAACUGCAGGAGAUUGAAGCUCAAGUGGCACAAAAAAGAGAUGAACUAAGCCGUACGAAACAAAUGCGUGAUGCCUUGAAACGCAGCAACACAGAUUUACGCAAAAACUGUGGCCUUUUGGGAAAUCAGCUGUUGUUGCGAAAUUUUGAAGAUCAGAAGGAUGAGAAUGCAAAAUUACUGCAAAAAUUGGAGAAUCUCAAAAUGAGAUUUGCGGAGUACACAAUGCAAGCAAAGCAUGUGCAACACAAAAUUGAUCAGGUAACACAGCAACGACUUGCUUAUCAAAAGUGA